AUGACCACCAAAAGACACUACAAAUCUUGGAAAGUGUCCGGCAUCUUGCCCUGGGCUUCCUGCCUCUUCGUUGUCGGUUAUAUUCUUCGAGAAGUCGGAGCCUUCAACUACGACAACCUCAAUGUGUUCAUCGCUAGUCUCGUCUUCAUCUAUUGCGCUCCACCUUUGUAUGAACUCUCCAACUACUUCAUGUUAUCCCGGGCCCUCUACUACGUACCCUACCACUCGCCAAUCCAUCCCGGUCGAGUCCUCACGACAUUCGGCGCGUUGUCAGUCGUUGUGGAAGCAUUGAAUGGGAACGGUGCAGCUUACACAGCCAACACCAGUCUUUCUCAAUCGAAACAAGAUGUCGGUAAAGCUUUGCUGAAGUCGGCGCUCAUCCUCCAGCUCGUUAUCCUUGCACUGUUCAUCCUGCUAGCAGCGCACUUCCACCGCCGAUGCAAGAAAGCGAAACUGCUACCCCCCAAUCUCCACGCCGCACUAAUCACCCUGUACAUCUCAUCAACACUGAUCGGGGUUCGGACCAUCUACCGCACAGUCGAAUACUUCACAGUUUCCAGCCUGCACGCCACCGACACGACCAAGCAAUCAGAUAUUUCCCCCAUCAUACGCUACGAGUGGUUCUUCUGGGUCUUCGAAGGUGUACUCAUGAUCAUAAACUCGUUCCUCCUCAAUUUCAGACAUCCAAUGCGCUUCAUCCCAAGGGACAACACGAUCUACCUGGCCCAAGACGGAGUAACCGAGAUCCAAGGCCCGGGCUAUCUGGACAAGAGACCUUUUCUCGUCACGUUCCUCGAUCCCUUUGACUUUGCGGGUAUGGUGAAGGGACGUAACAUGAACCACAACUUCUGGGAUACGCAUCAAGAGGGGAGGGUUGAGGCGGCGAAGAACCCGGCGAGUGAAGCAGAGAAGGGUGGUCCGUCAACUCGUGGCGUUGCGGCGCAUCCGUCCAAAACCCAAAACGAGCUCCCGCCUAAACUCUGCGACUACCUCGCUGGGAUUCCGGCUGUUGUCUGA